UUAACGUCACCGAGUUAUUUAUUAUAUUGAAUUUGAAUAGAAAAUGAUACAUAUUGAGGCUUAAUACUAGCUCAGCGUAUCAAAAUAACUUUUUAAUUACUUUUAAAAGUCAAGUUGGUGGCUGUUAUUAUUCAGUGAUGGACGUUCAACAUCACGGAUACCGUGCAACAGCGAAGCCCAGAGCCCGCACUGCGCACCCUGCUGGUGACCCCUUACUCUUUGAGGACACCAGCUCCUCAGCGCCCCCCAUGGGCGGGCAAGGGUACUACACAAGUGGAGGAGCAGGGAGUGGGGGAGGGGUGAAUAACCUGUUCCGGGACCCUGUGGCCAACGCAGCUAUGAUGUACGGCUCAUCCCUGGCCUUCCAGGGCAAGGAUAUGGUCAACAAGGAGAUUAGCAGGUUCAUGUCAGUGAACAAGCUGAAGUAUUUCUUUGCGGUGGACACCAAGUAUGUCAUGAAGAAACUGCUGCUCCUCCUGUUCCCCUACACACAUCAGGACUGGGAGGUGCGUUACCACAGAGACAGCCCACUGACACCCCGUCAUGACGUCAAUGCGCCCGACCUCUACAUCCCCUUAAUGGGGUUCCUCACCUACAUUCUGCUGACAGGCAUGGCCCUGGGCAUCCAGAGGAGGUUCAGCCCAGAGGUUCUGGGGUUAUGUGCUAGCACAGCCCUGGCCUGGGUCAUCAUUGAGGUCAUAGCUCUGACACUCUCCCUGUACCUGCUCACUGUGCACUCUGACCUCUCGACCUUUGACCUCCUCGCCUACAGCGGAUACAAAUAUGUGGGGAUGGUCCUCACGAUGCUGGGUGGCCUGAUGUUUGGUAGUGAUGGGUAUUUCCUGGUUUUGGCCUACUCCUCCUGUGCCCUUAUGUACUUCCUUGUCCGCUCCCUCCGGAUGAAGAUUCUCUCCUCGCUCUCCUCAGAUGCCAUGGGUCCUGGGGCCAGUGCCAAGCCACAGCUCCGCCUGUACAUCACCGUGGCAACCGCUGCCUUUCAGCCAAUCAUCAUCUACUGGUUGACCUCUCACCUGGUCAAGUGACCUGAGCCACAUGGUACUGACAAACUACAGACCCAGGAACGACAGUAAUGGUGCUGUUAGCGUCUGCUUGGCUGAAAGAGGUUAAUAGGGGCAUAUUGCUGGAUGUGAAGUUAAUGCAGCUGUUGGGUUUGGACCAUUGAGUGACCUGCAACUGACUCACUGAGACACUCAUUUAUUGACAAAUACAAUCUGUGAAAGUGGCACUGAUGUUUUGGCAAUACAAC